AGUUUUAUACUCUUAUUAAUGUUCCAUUUAUAAGAUUUUAAAUCUUCAAACAAAACUACUCCAAUAAUUGUUAAAUCGUUCGAUGCAAAUCUGUUGCUGAUGAUAAAAAUCGAGACCAAUUAAUAACGAUUCAAAAAAUUGAACGUUUUAAUAAUUAUUUGCAGAAAGUAAAUGAUUUUGCUUUCCUACCGUUAUAAUAUUAUUGUAGUCUAGUGAAAUAUCGGUCAUAAUUCGAUAGUGUUUUGUACAAAAAAGCCUACAAUAAAAAAUCCUGUAUGUUUACACAGUUUUAAAAACCAUCAUGUUUCUUCCAACGUCUCUUUAGUGCCGAAUUUAAAAAAAAAACACAUUUUUAUAAAUGUACUAUUUGCUGCGAACAUAUUUCAAGGUGUACCUGUAUAAUUAUUAAUUUAUUGUAAUUGUCGACGUUAAGUGUAGUAGUGUAGGGUUAUGCCGAAGCUCUAGAAACUCAAGUGAACUGUAACAAACUCGAGUUAACCGUUUGUGUAUUUCUUUGUUCGUCUACUUUGCAUAAUGUUGUUUGACAAAGCAUAUUCGUUGAAAACGUUAAGCAACGUAGUUUUGAUUUUAUUAUCUCUGAGGUUUUCGUUUGUCCAAUCCGAAUCACUUCUCGAUAUGGAAAGAAUAAGCUGUUACUACUCGAGGUACGCCCACUAUUAUUUAUUUUUGACCAACAUGGUUUACGACCUUACCAUUGGUUCAUUUCAAAUUGGCUCUUUUCCUUUGGACGCACCCAAGCAGGUGAUCAUUGACUACGAGGAAAUUCUCGAAUCUCAAGGCUAUAUCUUCAUGGCCAUGCUCGAAGAUCUCAGACUUACAAGGCCGGACUACAGGAUACCGCCUGAUUUAAUGAAAAUCAAUUUAUAUCUAAACCACGUGUCUGGCUACACACGGGUGUUGGCCAAAACUCUUUUCCCGGACAAGGAGCCCACGAAGAGAGUGCCCUACGAAAUAGGAUACAAAAUGGCCCAAAAUCAAACUUGGCUCGAAAUCAAAAACAAUCUUAGCAGAUGUAUGAAUUACCGUCCUGCUAACGACAGAAACUUAGAGUGGUAUGUUCAAGAUCAAGAAGGCCCUCUAGACAGCCCGAGAUUAAGACAAUUGAACCGACUGUUGCUGCCGAAGGGUCAGGUACUGACGAAUUUAAAACCUAAUAUCUUACAACAAUUGAAUGAAAACAAGCGGAAAUUCGAUACCAUCUUUGCGGCGAUCUUCAAGCACGGAGGACAUCUGAAGUUCCAUCCGAACAACAUGCUAUUCAGAGUGUUCAUGUCGCCCGAAAGGGUGUCUACUUCCAAUGCUGUUGACAAGUCGCAUUUAAUCCAAUCCGUCACGGUUACAAUGGCAGAAGGCGGCAACGACAAUAACAAAUCGAUAAACGACCUAUUCAUCGGCGGGACGACCAACUUUAGCAAACAUUUCGUUUUGUCUUUCCAACACCGGGUCACGGCAGCUGCCAUACACCCUGUAUUCAUGUGUGUGAGCACAUUCCUCACGGUUAUCGACAGGCUGUUUUAUGCGGGGGAAGACAAAUUCGGCGGCGUGGCUUCUAGAGUGGCUGCGCACGAAAAUACAUUGAAAACACACGGCACCACUCUGCUAGGCCAUUUCGGCACAUUCGUCGGUUUGAGAUUGUUCCCCGGAUUAACGCAAGAGUACCUGGUCUACAUGCAUCGUUGCUUUGCCAAGUUUGUCGGCGGUCUGGGGCAAAAUUUGCAUCUCCAGUCCGACAUGGAUAUCCCUAGACUUUUGAGAAUGUGCCACAGGCCUAUGGAAGUGAAUAGGUUCCGGUACGAAAUCAAAGCACAGACGUUGCCUAUGGACACCGAGGACGGGGUGCUGCGACUCGUGAGAACCGCCAAAAGAGAUAUCGACGAAAUCGAACUGUACGUUGGGUUUUUGGGAAAACACAGAGCAGCUUUUGAAAUGGUCACCGACACGUUUUAUCACGACGAAAUGUUCUUACGUGACCCGUCCGUCCCAAGACCUAUAAACAACAGUGGUGUAACCAACAGUGAAUACAAGAUAAUCAGAGAAGAUGCAGACAAUUUUUAGGAGUAGAAGAAAACAUCUACCAGAAUUAUUCGAACAUUUCACCCUCGAAUAACUUUAAUUUAGUAGAUAAGUAAAUUUUAUUUGUUUAAUAAUUAUAACGCAUUAUACUUUGGGCGGUUAUUGUCUUUGAUUUUGUAGCUUUUGAAAGCAUUAUUUGUAAGGGUAAUUUUUCUUUCUAAAUUGUAAGUCGUGCCAUUGUAUCAUUUCAUAAAUUUUGUUGAAUACAAAUAUAUUUUAGUUGGUAAAAAUGAAUUAAAUUUUAUAUAUAACAUUUUGUGUUUUGAAAAGAAAUAAUAAUUAGAAUUAUAUUGGAAACUAUGAUCUAUAGUCCAUGUAGUGUGUAAUCCAGGUGAUUUCAAUGAUUUAAUCAAUUAAAAACUUUGUGCUUAGUGGUUAGCGUUUUGUUUUUUUAAAUCCUUGACACUUUUUAAUGCAAAAAAAUUACAAUAUUAUUCAAGACAUUUGAUUUAAUAUAAUUGAUAGUCUUGAUUGUUCGUGUAGUACAAA